AAUAUUCUUAACUCUAUGUCUGUUGCUAUCUUUAGUUCCGGUCUAAAUGUUUUUAACUCUAUCUAUUCUAAACUCUAUAUUCCUUACGUCCAGGAACUGCUGAUUGUUCUGUUGGUGAGCGGGGCCCUCAGCGAAGCGCCGGCGCCCUACGCGCCUAGCGGCUGGAGGCCUAGUGGUCCUGCCUUUGAACUGCCAGCUAAAGCACCCACACAGGAACCGCAAAGACCUCAAUAUCUACCGCCAGUAGACCCCCGUACAAACAGACCGUUAGGUUUCGAUCCUGCCGCCGAUGUGUCAGUACAACGCUUGCCUACACAGGAACAGUUACCGAUAUUCCAAGUAUCACCAAUCAAUGGACAGCAAUACGUCGGCCCUAACUUUAACAGUGAUAUCAAAGGAUUGGAAUCAAACUUCCAACAAUCUCAGUUCCAGCUUCAGGAAGAAAAAGCUCGCCAGUUGUCGAGACAGCAACAAUACCCUGCUAGCCCCAAUGCCGCAAGCGGUCUUCCAAAUCCGCAACCACCGCGCCAAUUCGCUCAAACAACACCAACCCCAACAACCAGUGCAAGACCUAAACAAGCCGAACCCACAACUGAAUCCAACUUGAACAAAGAUGAGAAAUUAGACAAGGAUGAUCUACCAAAGAAAGCGAAGAUAUCAGUCGAAGUAUCUAAACAGAAUCUGCAAGAAUAUCCACCAGAAUUCUUCUUAAGCUCGCUAGCACAGUUGCAGUACCAACCACAGUUCUUGCCGUUACAACAGUUCGGACAAAUCAGGGAACAAGUCUUUUUCCAGCCUCAACAAGGUGCUCCAGCGAAGCAAACUGCUGGGUACGAUGGCUCCACUCACUUCGCGGCACUUCCAUCAGUUUUAGCUCAAAAUCAACUCGCACCUCAACAACAAACUUUUAUCCCAGCUCAACAACCAAUCGUUCAAAAACCAGCUUUAUUAGUCCAACAAGCACAACAACCAGCUAAUCCCAUAAUCGUACAAGCUGAAGAACCGUUACCCCAAUACCAACCGGUUGCUCAGUACCAACCAAUUGCUCAACCGCAGCUCAACCAAGAACCACUGCCUCAAUAUCAACCAGUCAACCAAUACCAACCGAUUGCUCAACCUCAAUUUAACCAAGAACCACUUCCGCAAUACCAACCGGUUCCAAACCAGUAUCAACCAGCAUUACAAGCACAGGCACCUUUACCUCAAUACCAACCGGUAAAUCAAUAUCAACCGAUCGCCCAACAGUACCCGCAAGCAACACCAGUGGUAUACCAGCCCCAAACAAACCUUCCACCACAAAACCCAGAAGCAGAAGCUGUCGAAACCAACGAAGAACAACCGCAAUACAUCUAUCAACAAACUUACCAACCUCAAGAAGUCUACCAACCUCAAAUCCAAACUCAAUACACAGCGCAACAAGGUUUCAUCCCACAAAAUCAGGCAAACUAUCCUCAAGACUUGAAUCAAUAUUACCAGCCUCAAUUCCAGCAGUUCGGAGCAGCGCCUAUAGUUCAAGGCCAAGAUGCUUUACAGAGUGGUCUAGAUGUUAGCAAAGAAGAGAAUGAUAUUGACCAGGAAGAACAAGAAGAACAAGAUGAUGGUACAAAGGCUACCGCUGUAGCAACGGCUUUCGGGGCAAGAACUCAACCGCGUGUCUUUUCUCAAUACGGUGUCCCUGCGUCUAAUCCAAGAGACCAGGCCAACCGUGGAUAUCCAACCACAACGGAAUCUGAUGCCGAGGAGACAACAGAAGAAGUUCCCGCUAUAGCGCAGGCUACUGCUGUUGCAACGCCAUCUAGGAAUAGAAGCGCUAAACUAAGGAGCCGCCGCCCUCGGCCACUCUUCACCGUGGACAGAUCAGGACAUCUUGUACUGGCUAAAGAUCAAUAGACUAUCUGUACUAAUGACAAUGCAUAUUUAACUAUUUAUUCCGUCUGCAUUAAACGUUAUGCAUUAAA